AUGGACAUGCUACCGGUGUCUCUCUGGCACCGGGUGUUCCGCUGCCUGCUGCUGCCGCCCGGCUCCUCCCACCCCGACAACCCCCUCCUGCGGGGCAGGCGAAAGACGCCCUGGUAUCUCACCGCCACAAUGCAGCCCCCAGCGGGCAGAAACCUGCCCGUCAAAUUCGUCGACCCUGACUUCACAGCAGCCGGGCAGCACAGGAAGAAUGUGAAAACCUAUGGCAGUGGUAACCGCCACAUCUCCCAGCCAUCUAGCUUUCAUAUUCUCUCCUCCAUUCCCACCCAUCCGUCUCUGCAGGCCCAGCACCCCAUCUCUCUGGUAUACAACAACCUGCACCCGCAGUGGGAGAGGAGCGUCACCUCCUUUCGAUCACGCUUCAGAUCAGAAUUCAAACGACCUUCCGGUGCCUCACUCCUUCUCCCGUCUCUCUCCGCUCCGCAGGCCCAGCACCCCAUCGCUCUGGUCUACAACAACCUCCACCCGCAGUGGGAGAAGGGCGUUGCUUUCCAAUCUGAAAUUCUUAGCGCCUCAUUCCCAUCCCAUUCCCAACCCCCUCUCUGCAGGCCCAGCACCCCAUUUCUCUGGUCUACAACAACCUGCACCCGCAGUGGGAGAGGAGCGUCGCCUCCUUUGGAUCGCGCUUCUGUGCCAACCUUCCAGUGCUCCCUUCUCCCGUCCCUCUCCGAUCCGCAGGCCCAGCACCCCAUCUCCUUGGUCUACAACAACCUGCACCCGCAGUGGGAGAGGAGCGUCGCCUUCUUCCUGCGCCACCGUGGCCUCAGGUCCCUCGCACUCACCUUCACGCACGUCAUGCAGCUCGACACCAUCGUCUCCCAGGACGAGUGGGCCUUCGCCUCCCUCACCUCGCUCACCCUCAAGCUGCGCGGCUGUGUGGACUACUCCCAGCUCUUUGACAGGGAACACGGCGAUGGGCGUGCCGUGGAGCAGUAUCAUAGGGAUCUCAUUGAGCAGGAUCACUGGACGCAGUACUUCGGCUGCCCACGUGUGCAGCGGCUGAAGCUGGGGCGCGGCAAGUGGGUUCUCUCGGACGGGUGGGCGGGGGAGUUGAAGGCGCUGCGCAGUCUGAUUCUGAAGCACGUGGACUGGAGUCACGUGGAUUUCAAGUAUGUCGCCACGCUCACGCCGCAGCUCACGGAAUUCACGCUUUAUGAGGGCUGGGAUUUGGAUAACCCGUCCGUCGUCCCUCGUGGCAGCGGCAUUAACCGAUUCUGUUUUGACCUCUCAUCAGCUCGCGUCCUCCGCUUCUACUUCGCACAGAGCACCCUCACGCUCUUCCUCACCCUCUCCCGCUCCCUCAAGGCCUUCUCAGCCGUGGCCAAACGGCUGGUCCUCUCCUGCAAGAGCACCCUUCCUCUCGAUCUCCACCACCUCUCACUCUACGGCCAGGAGCGGCUGGUCAUCUCCUCCCUCCGCCUCGCAUCCGCCCGAGUGGCCUACCUCAACGGCCCUCCCAGCGACUGGCACUCCCGCGAUGAUGCUGUCUCCUCUAUCUCUUCUCAAAACAUAGAUUCUUCCUCUUGGGCCACCCCUGCUCCGCCCCCUUACUGGCACAGCUUGCAUCGCCGCAGCUCCCCUGAAUUCUCCUGGGUCGAGUGGCUCGGCGCUAUAGCGCGGACAGUGGAGGAGCUUAUAGUGAGGCACAGGGUGCCUGUAGGGCAGGUGGGCGUGGAGUGGGGCUGCCUGCGCAGCCUUGGGAUUGUCGUGGAGAGUGAGGAGCGGUUUGGGAGAGAUCUGGAUUUUGAGAGGCGGCGGGAUGAUGGUGAGGAGGAGGUUACAGUGGAAGAGUUUCAGGAGCGCAACCAGAGGCAGAGGGUGUUGCAGCAGCUGCAGCAGCCGCAUUGGCGGCAGGAGGAGCAGGAGGAGGAAGAGGAAGAGGAACAAGCAGGGAAGCUCCCUCUUAUCAAGGCUCCGAACUUGCGAGCGAUAUUCUUCCCCACCCGCACAUGCGAGCAGCACACCCUUGCUUCCCUACGCACAUCCUGCCCCUCCCUCGCCCUGUACUGCAUCGCAAGUCGUUCUUUCUACUGGGAGAAGCAUGGGAAGGAGUUGGCUGGGGCCCCUGUGGUGCACGUGAGGAAGGGGAGGAGUGGGGUGUCGAGCAACUGCUUUGGGGCGAGGCAGGCGAAGAAUGUGAGGGAGAAGAUGCACAGUGUGAAUAGGGAGCUGGUGGAGGGGUACAGUGUUGAUAAAGAUGAGGCUUAUAUGCUCAAGUACAAAGGCAGCCUCUGGAGGACAUACUGCUCUUUCUUCCUUUAG